AAUUCCCACAAAUACCCAAGGGACGUCAACUUAACAGACAUCGUCUUCGGGUCAACAUUUUGUUUAUCCAGGGACAGAGAAAGCCGAGGAUGGGAUGCUUCUUUGAGUUUGCUACACUACUAGUCUGGUUAUUCAUGGUUUCGGAAAAAGCAGAACUGCAGCCUGUAUGGACCUCCUCGCCUUCUAAUCCAACCUCUGUUAUCGAAAAUGAGAAUCUUGAUCUGCACUGGAGGUUCAAAACCGAUGGCUUACUGGCAUUCGCUAAGUUUUGGCUGAUCGGUGAUGACCGAUUGAAGAAGCUAAUAGCUCUCAAGUCAUCGUCUAACGGCUCUGUCAAUGUGGAUCCUGCCUUUCGAGAUCGAUUUAUUUUCAACAUUUCAAAUAAUCAAGCCUUGGUUACACUUGUUGCUGUGCAACGAUCCGACAGUGCCAUAUAUCACUUUCAGUUAGUAAACCAGCAUCUGGAUAAAAUCGACAACGAUGUGAAAAUUACAGUGCUAUUUCCACCAAGUAUAACAUCAAGGCAAUGCCCCAGUGCCGUCACGGAAGGUCAUAGUGUCAAACUUUUAUGUAAUUUCACCGGCAAUCCGUUGCCGAGUGUUGCAUGGAACAGAGCGAAUACAAGAAAGACACUUUCAAAUCGUGAAGUACUGUUUAUAGAACACAUCAAACACAAUGACUCUGGUAGAUACGAGUGCCUUGCUUGGAACGGAAUUGGAAACAACAGCACAGAAUUCUGCGAAGUUGAUGUAAACUAUCCUGCUCAGAUAACCGACAUAUCUAUCAACCAGACAGUUCAAUUGGGUAAAAAUGUAACCCUCUGUUGUCGAGCGAUGGGAAAUCCAGUACCGACCAUAUCUUGGACUCACAAAAACAAUGUCGGGAAAAGAACUGAACUUCAUUUUGAUUCCGCAAGAUUCGGCGACCAGGGAUGGUAUAAAUGUACAGCACAAAAUGGAAUUGGUUCUCCAGCCACUGCUCGUACAUAUCUUGAUGUCGCAGGUUAGUAGCUCUGC